GUUUCUCCCGGACCUUCCACUGGGACGGAACCAGUUCCGGUGGGUGAUGUCAGUUGUCCGUGCAUGCAGCGGAGUGUAGCCUCUGUCAAAGUUGUAGCUGUUGCCCACCCGAACUGCCACAAUGGGGAUCUUGGAGAAAAUCUCGGAAAUAGAGAAAGAAAUUGCUCGGACACAGAAAAACAAAGCCACUGAGUACCAUCUGGGUUUGCUCAAGGCCAAGCUCGCCAAAUACAGAGCUCAACUUCUGGAACCCUCCAAGUCAGCGGGGGCCAAAGGCGAGGGCUUCGAUGUGAUGAAAUCUGGAGAUGCUCGUGUUGCUCUCAUUGGUUUCCCCUCUGUGGGUAAGUCCACCUUCCUCAGCUUGAUGACGUCGACAGCCAGCGAAGCUGCUUCCUACGAGUUCACCACCCUCACCUGCAUACCUGGUGUCAUAGAGUACAAAGGGGCCAACAUCCAGCUGCUAGAUUUGCCAGGAAUCAUUGAGGGUGCUGCCCAAGGUAAGGGUAGAGGUCGGCAGGUCAUCGCUGUCGCCAGGACAGCAGACGUCGUCGUCAUGAUGUUGGACGCUACCAAAGGAGAUGUUCAGAGAGCACUUUUAGAAAAAGAGUUGGAGUCAGUGGGCAUCAGACUGAACAGGACGAAACCCAAUAUUUAUUUCAAGCCCAAGAAAGGUGGCGGUCUCUCCUACAACUCCACUGUUCCUCUCACCCACUGCUCAGAGAAGCUCGUUCAGCUCAUCCUCCACGAAUACAAAAUCUUUAACGCAGAAGUCCUCUUCAGGGAGGACAGCACACCAGACGAGUUCAUCGAUGUCAUAGUUGGGAACAGAGUUUACAUGCCGUGCCUUUACGUGUACAAUAAGGUGGAUCAAAUCUCCAUCGAGGAGGUGGACCGCCUGGCUCGCAGACCUCACAGUGUUGUCAUCAGUUGUGGAAUGAAGCUGAACCUGGAUUAUCUUCUGGAGAGGUUGUGGGAGUACCUGGCUCUGAUUUGCAUUUAUACGAAGAAAAGAGGAGAGCGCCCAGACUUUAAUGAUGCCAUCAUUAUGAGAAGAGGAGCAAGUGUAGAACAUGUGUGCCAUCGAAUCCACAGAACCUUAGCCAGCCAGUUCAAAUAUGCUCUGGUUUGGGGAACCAGCACCAAGUACAGUCCUCAGAGGGUGGGCCUGACGCACAUCAUGGAGCACGAAGACGUCAUCCAGAUCGUCAAGAAGUAAAACAAGUUUCUGAUCGGACAGAGGAGAGAACGAGCAGGAGGAGACACACGUUUGCUGCUGGAGGAGUUACAGUGGGGGGAAAAAAAUGAGACAGAAUCACUGUACAGUAGAUAUACAGCAAUGGGAAAUAGCCGCAUUCUUAUUUUGUAUAUGAAAUUUAAGAAAAACAAUGAAUUCAAGAGACAGAGCAGAUUUGAGUUGGUUGUGGACAAGAACUGAUGUAUUCGCCUUUUGAUUAAGAUACAGAAGAUACGAUGAUACAGAGAGUGAAAGUUGAGGGAAAAGAAUAAAGUCCAUAAAACCUUAAA